CGACCGCCUCUCUUCUGUUCUCCAUUCUAAAAUGCUCGAAGCCAAGCUUAGCGAGGCCGGAAUCCUGAAGAGACUACUUGAUGCCAUCAAGGAACUCGUCGCCGACGCGAACUUUGAGUGCACUGAGGAGGGAAUAACCCUGCAAGCGAUGGAUAACUCGCACGUCGCGCUCGUGGCUGUCAAACUCAACGCGACUGGCUUUAAGCGCUACCGCUGCGACAGGCCUAUGCCACUCGGUGUGAAUCUCACAUCGCUGACAAAGGUCGUGAAGUGCGCAAAGGACGACGACCUCUGCACGCUUAGCGCGGCAGACGACGCCGAUGUCCUCAGCUUGACUUACGAGGCGCGCAACACCGACCGCAUCGCGGAGUAUGAAAUGAAGCUGAUGGACAUUGAUACUGACACGCUCGGCAUUCCCGACACCGACUACGACGCGCGUGUCACAAUGCCGUCGUCAGAAUUCUCACGGAUCGUGCGCGACCUCUCGCAGCUCGGUGAGAGUGUGCGCAUUGAGGUCUCGAAGGAGGGUGUCCGCUUUGCCAGCGAAGGCGAGGCUGCGAACGGUAACAUCCUUAUGCGGCACACGGACACCUCUGGAGUGAACGGCAAGAAGGGAAGCAGCAGCAAGGUAAAGAAAGAGGAUGACGAUGAGGAAGAAGCGGAGGACGAUGACGAAGAUGAAGAUGGCGAGAAGAAGGCUAAGAAAGAGAAGGUCAAGAAGGAGGAGAAUGAGGACGUUGAGAUGAACGGCGAAGAUGAUGAGGACGAUGGUGAGUUCAAGGCUGAGAGCGAAGGCGAGGAGGAACAGGACGAGGACUCGUCCGGCAAAAAGCGCAAGAAGGCUCCUGGCAAGGAGGCCACUAAACCGGCGAAGAAGGCCAAGAAAGGCAAGUCGAAAGGCGACGACGAAGACGAUGUUCCGGACGGUGUCCGCAUCGAGAUGAACCAGCAUGUCAACUUGACAUUCAGCUUGAAGUACCUCGUCAACUUCUCAAAGAGCGCAUCGCUCUCUAACGUCGUGCAGCUGAUGAUGAGCAACGAUGUGCCAUUGCUCGUCUCGUACGACUUUAACCAAGGAUACAUCCGGUACUACCUCGCGCCCAAAAUUGGAGACGACUAAGCGGCUCCGAAGUAUAACUAGCUCAUUCUCUUGCACUCCAUAUCAGCUGUCUUGCAUGUUUUCGUUAUGGCUUUGUUUCCAAGUAUCUACGCGUAUAUCUGCCUCGUUGUAAUUUAUCAAGUUGACAGCAC